UGUGUAGUAUGCAUAGACAAUAACACGUCACUACUAGGUGUGGUUGUCAAGGCGCUCCCCCUGCCGGUGAUACUGGGUACUGUCGUCCACUCCCUCCCUCCCUUUUCUCCCUCCCGCCUUCCCUCCGCCAGAGUCACGUGACCCCGCAGCAAAGAAGCAAACGGCGCUGCUUCCUCCCGCGGCUCUCUUCUCGCCUCCUCAUCCUCAUCCCCAUCCCCACCGCCGAAGCACGACCCGCCGCGGCAGCCGCCCACCGGAGCGAGCGGUACGUCGUGGCAUCCAGAAGGGGCCCGGGGCGCCAUGGCGGACCCCCGUUAGGAGAGCGGGAGCCGGAUUUUGGACCCCCCCUUUGUUCUCUCCCUCGACGCGGCGAGUCGUCGCUGUCCUUCGCCCGCGGAGAAGCUCCCUUCCCUCGCAGCGAAGGAGGAGGCGGCGGAAUGGCGGACCGCGAGGCGUCGCCGAUCCCGUUGGAGAUCCGAGCCCGGCUGGCGGAGCUGGAGCUGGAGCUGUCAGAGGGCGACAUCACUCAGAAGGGUUAUGAGAAGAAGAGGUCCAAGCUGAUCAGGGCGUACAUUCCACACGCUAGAGGUAUGGAAGGCCCGAUGUCUCACCGGGUCCCGCUCGGCCCGCCGUCCGCCAGCCGCUUCCACCGCCGGCGAACAUCGGGCACGAGAGAUGAACGCUACCGCUCAGAUGUCCACACGGAGGCGGUCCAAGCCAUGCUGGCGCGACACGUGGAGAGGAAGGUGGCGGUGCCCAUGCCCUCCAAGAGACGAUCCCUGGUGGUGCAGACCUCCAUGGAUGCUUACACGCCACCAGGCCUGUCGCCCCUGUGCUCAGACUCCUCGUCGGGCUCAGAGGAGGAGGCGGGGCCGGGCGACGACAUGUCGGGCAUGUCCUGGAUGGGCCGCCCCUCCCAGCUGGGCCCCGCCCACCUGGGCUCCACCUCCUCCUCGUCUUCGUCCACGCAAAGCGGCGGGAGCGGCAACGCCGGGCGGCUGGCCGACUCGCUGGCGCACACGCACAUAUCGCACCUGGCCCACCUGGCGCACACGCACCUGGGCCAGUCGCACCUGGCGCCGUCACACCACGGCAUCGGCCACCUGUCUCUGAAGAGAAAAGGAGCGCUGAGCGUCGCUGAGAACGGAGGAUCUUUGCGGCGGUCCUGCGAGUUUGGCUCGGACAUGCUGUGGCCGCCCCCGCUGGAGUCGGACGAAAAUCACUCGGGGCCCCUGGACGUCACGGGCUACUCGUCGGACUCGCCCCACUCUCACACGGAGCGCCAUCACAUGUCCAACAUGGGGACCAUCGCCAGGAACACGCAGAAGUACGGCAACGCGGAGCGCAUGGAGACAGGCGACGGCGUCCCAGUCAGCAGCCGCGUGUCGGCCAAGAUCCAGCAGCUCGUCAACACGCUCAAACAACCUCGCCGGCCGCCGCUGCGAGAGUUCUUUGUCGACGACUUCGAUGAACUCCUCGAAGUCCAACAGCCCGACCCCAACCAGCCUCGUCCCGAGGGGGCGGAGAUGAUGCCGGUGCGGGGCGACUCGCUCGGGGUGGUCACCAACUGGCCCCCGUCGCUGGAAGCCGCCCUCCAACGCUGGGGGACCAUCUCCCCGAAAGCCCCCUGCCUCACCAGCCUGGACACGUCGGGCAAGCCCCUCUACGUCCUCACCUACGGGAAGCUGUGGUCUCGCAGCAUCAAGCUGGCCUACAACAUCCUGCACAAGCUGGGUAGCAAGCAGGAGCCCAUGGUGCGACCCGGCGACAGGGUGGCGCUGGUGUUCCCCAACAACGACCCCGUGGCCUUCGUGGUGGCCUUCUAUGGCUGCCUGCUGGCCGAGGUGGUCCCGGUUCCCAUAGAGGUGCCCCUCAGCCGCAAGGACGCCGGCAGUCAGCAGAUUGGAUUCCUGCUGGGGAGCUGUGGCGUCACCGUGGCGCUGACCAGCGACGCCUGCCAUAAGGGUCUGCCCAAGAGCGCGACAGGAGAGAUCCCGCAGUUCAAAGUAGCGCGCUUUUCUCCGUGUGCAGGUUGGCCCAAACUGCUUUGGUUUGUCACCGAGUCCAAACACCUGUCCAAGCCGCCACGGGACUGGUUCCCUCACAUCAAGGACGCCAACAACGACACCGCCUACAUCGAGUACAAAACGUGCAAAGAUGGCAGCGUGCUGGGCGUCACGGUGACCAGGAUCGCUUUGCUCACACACUGCCAGGCCCUCACCCAAUCCUGCUGCUACACAGAAGCCGAGACCAUCGUCAACGUUCUGGACUUUAAGAAGGACGUGGGUCUGUGGCACGGCAUCCUGACGAGCGUGAUGAACAUGAUGCACGUGAUUAGCGUGCCCUACUCGCUGAUGAAAGUCAAUCCUCUGUCGUGGAUCCAGAAAGUGUGCCAGUACAAAGCCAAGGUGUCUUGUGUGAAGUCCAGAGACAUGCACUGGGCUCUGGUGGCCCACAAGGAACAGAAAGACAUCAACCUGAGCUCGCUGCGCAUGCUGCUGGUGGCUGACGGCUCCAACCCUUGGUCCAUCUCGUCCUGCGACGCCUUCCUCAACGUCUUUCAGACCAAAGGCCUGCGAGGCGAGGUCAUCUGUCCCUGCGCCAGCUCGCCAGAGGCCCUGACGGUCGCCAUCAGGAGGCCGGUGGAGGACAGCAGCCAGCCCCCAGGCCGCGGCGUCCUGUCCAUGCAGGGCCUGAGCUACGGCGUGGUCCGGGUGGACACGGAGGAGCGCUUGUCUGUCCUCACCGUGCAGGACGUUGGCACGGUGGCCCCCGGAGGUCUCGUGUGCGUGGUCAAGCCCGAAGGCGUCCCGCAGCUCUGUCAAACCGAUGAGAUCGGCGAGCUGUGUGUGUGCGCCAUCGCCACCGGCACCUCCUACUACGGCCUCACCGGCAUGACCAAGAACACCUUUGAGGUGUACCCGGUGAGCUCCAGCGGCGGGCUAAUCAGCGAGUACGCCUUCGUGCGGACCGGCCUGCUGGGCUUCAUCGGCCCGGGAGGCCUUGUCUUCAUCACCGGCAAGAUGGACGGCCUCAUCAUGGUGAGCGGGCGGAGGCACAACGCAGACGACAUCGUCGCCACAGCGCUGGCGGUGGAACCCAUGAAGUUUGUCUACAGGGGAAGGAUAGCGGUGUUCUCCGUCACCGUGCUGAGGGACGAAAGGAUCGUGGUGGUUGCCGAGCAGCGGCCAGACUCCACGGAGGAGGACAGUUUCCAGUGGAUGAGCCGCGUCCUGCAGGCCAUAGACAGCAUCCAUGGGGUGGGCGUGUUCUGCCUAUCUCUGGUUCCGGCCAACACACUGCCCAAGACUCCCCUUGGUGGCAUCCACCUGUCUGAGAUCAAGCAGCUGUACCUGGAGGGGGGGCUGCACCCCUGCAAUGUCCUCAUGUGCCCCCACACCUGUGUCACCAACCUGCCCAAACCCCGGCAGAAGCAGCCAGAGAUCGGCCCCGCCUCUGUGAUGGUGGGCAAUCUGGUGUCGGGCAAGCGGAUCGCUCAGGCCAGCGGUAGAGAUCUGGGACAGACUGAUGACAACGACCAGUUCCUCUUCCUGUCAGAGGUCUUGCAGUGGCGAGCUCAGACCACUCCGGACCACGUUCUCUACACUCUGCUCAGCUCCCGGGGGGCGGUCUCCAACUCGCUCACCUGCCUGCAGCUCCACAAGCGGGCGGAGCGAGUGGCGGCUCUGCUGAUGGAGCGAGGCGGCCUGCAGGAAGGAGACCACGUGGCUCUGGUCUACCCACCAGGUAUCGACCUGAUCGCCGCCUUCUACGGCAGCCUGUACGCCGGCUGCGUGCCCAUCACGGUACGGCCGCCGCACCCGCAGAACAUCUCCACCACGCUGCCCACCGUCAAGAUGAUCGUGGAGGUGAGUCACUCGGCGUGCGUGAUGACCACGGCCGUCAUCUGCAAGCUGCUGCGCUCCAAGGAGGCCACGGCGACGGUGGACAUCAGGAACUGGCCGCCUGUCCUGGACACAGAUGACCUGCCGAAGAAGAAGCCCCCAGCUCUGUACAAACCCACCAACCCUGACGGUUUGGCGUAUCUGGACUUCAGCGUGUCCACGACCGGCAUGCUGGCCGGCGUUCAGAUGUCCCAUAAUGCCGUGGGAGCGUUCUGUCGCUCGGUGAAGCUGCAGUGUGAGCUCUACCCCUCCAGGGAGGUGGCCAUCUGCCUCGACCCGUACUGCGGCCUGGGCUUCGUCCUCUGGUGUCUCUGCAGCGUUUACUCGGGCCAUCAGUCCAUCCUCAUUCCGCCGGUGGAGCUGGAGUCCAACCCGGCGCUGUGGCUGCUGGCCGUCAGCCAGCUGAGGGUGCGAGACACCUUCUGCUCCUACAGCGUCAUGGAGCUGUGCACCAAAGGCCUCGGCCUGCAGACCGAGGCCCUCAAGGCUCGCGGUCUAGACCUGUCCCGCGUUCGGGCGUGCGUGGUGGUGGCCGAGGAGAGGCCCAGGAUGUCCCUGACGCAUUCCUUCUCCAAACUCUUCAAAGAUCUCGGCCUUCACCCGCGUUCUGUCAGCACGGCGUUCGGCUGCAGGGUCAACCUGGCUAUUUGUUUGCAGGGAACCUCAGGACCAGACCCCACCACGGUCUAUGUGGACAUGAGGGCGCUGCGCCACGACAGAGUACGGCUGGUGGAAAGAGGUUCUCCUCACAGUCUGCCUCUGAUGGAGUCCGGCAAGAUCCUGCCCGGAGUCCGCAUCAUCAUCGCCAACCCCGAAACCAAAGGCCCUCUGGGGGACUCGCACCUGGGAGAGAUUUGGGUGCACAGCGCUCACAACGGCAGCGGCUACUACAGCGGCUACGGCGAGGAGGUCCUCCAGUCCGACCACUUCAACUCCAGGCUCAGCUUUGGAGACACUCAGACGGUCUGGGCCAGGACGGGCUACCUGGGCUUCCUCCGCCGCACCGAGCUCACUGACGCCAACGGAGAGAGACACGACGCUCUGUUCGUGGUCGGCGCUCUGGAGGAGGCCAUGGAGCUGCGGGGUAUGAGGUACCACCCCAUCGACAUCGAGACCUCGGUCAUCCGCGCACACAAGAGCAUCAUGGAGUGCGCCGUCUUCCCGUGGACCAACCUGCUGGUGGUGGUGGUGGAGCUGGAGGGCUCGGAGCAGGAGGCGCUGGACCUCGUUCCCAUGGUGACCAAGGCGGUGCUGGAGGAGCACUACCUGAUCGUGGGCGUGGUGGUGGUGACGGACAUCGGCGUCAUCCCCAUCAACUCGCGCGGCGAGAAGCAGCGCAUGCACCUGCGCGACGGCUUCUUGCAGGACCAGCUGGACCCCAUCUACGUGGCCUACAACAUGUAGCGUGCGUGAGUGUGUGUCUGUGUAUGCGUGUGUGUAUGUAUGCGUCCUCCGCCGCCCCCGAAAAAUCGUAACGGACUGUAAUUUUCCUUCUUUUUUUUUUUUUGCAUCGUGUCCUCUCGACUCAUCUCUUUUUCUCCGUUGUUGAGCGACCCCAACCCCUCCGCUAUGGGAAGCCUUAUGGGAACACUGUGCACGUGUCGCCUUGUUGAGAAGACGGGGGAGCAAGUCUUGUUGAAGGAGAAGGGGGCCAGCUUUUUGUAAAAAUAUAAAUAUUGUACAUUGACAUAAUCUAUAUGGAGAGGAACCUAAAAGACGAGGAGGUGUCUAGUAGCCCCUAUAUGCAGCCCUCUCCACCCGCACCCUGUGUGUGUGUCUGUGUGUGUGUGUGUGUGUGUGUGUGUGUGUGUGUGUGUGUGUGUGUGUGUGUGUGUGUGUGUGUGUGUGUGUGUGUGUGUGUGUGUGUGAGAAAGACGGGGACAUGUUGUGUCGCCUCAUUGGGAAUUUAAACUGAUUUUGCCCGUCGGCAAGCGGACAGAAGAAACCCGUCUAUAAGGUACAGGUGGAGUGGGAUGUCCACAAAGAUCUAAAGUCUCUAAAACGUCCAAAAAAAGGGCACCAGGUGUGGGGAAGUUCGCAGGAAAUGACGUUUUGUUUUGCGCUCCGCCGUCCAAAGGAAGCUGCUGACUGCUAAGCUAACACUGUAGCAAUAAACCACCCGAAGCCGACGUUCCUCUUGGCCGGAAUUGCGAGUGAGCUGAAAAGACACAAUUUUAUCUUUGACAGAGCAACAAGCCUAGGGGGGAAAAAAAAAAAAAAAAUUGGACAUUUACGUUAGUAUGGGGGCUAAUUAGCUGCUCAGCUUUCGCUGCUAUUGUGAUUUUGUUGUUAUUAUUGGUUAAUCAUCAAAAUGAAUAAUUAAAAACUAUCCGUUACAUUAUUCACACUUUAAAGUUGAUUUGACACUUUUGCACAGUUUCUUGUAAUUUUCAGCUACUUUUUUUUUUUUUAAUCCUUUCCGUCUUUAGUCCAACUCUUUCGCUCUUAUGUGCACUAACUCAGAUGUUUAUUAAAGUCUAAAAAGGAAUGCAGAGGAUGAAAUAUUUAUGGAAUAAAUACACUUGAAUAUUGUCGGUUUAUCCCAAAAAAAAAAGAAGAAAAAAAAGUGGCGUCGUCUGGGCUAGCUUGGAGCUGUUAGCGUAGUUAGCGGUACUCCAGACUGUGACACAGCAGAUCGUGUAGAAGAUUUUUAAUUAGAGCACGACUUUGUGUCUUUGAUUUCCACACCACGGCAGAAGAACAGAAGUCUUUAUGCAUAUCAGCUAUCUUAGCGAUGCGAGCGUGCAAAGUUAGCCGCGACAAAGAAAGUCCCAUCAAGUGUGUGUAUGCGCGCGCCCGCGUGUGUGCGUGUAUUGUAUGUAAAUAGUGUCGAUUUUGUACGGUACAAAUGUGUGUGACUUGUUUUGUACACUAAAAAGACUAAAAAAGAUGAAAUGACACUUUUAUAAGAGCUCCUAUUAGCUCACGUCACACUAUACAAGUGCAAUAAAGUGCUUUGAUUGGCUACCAGGCUCCCACCGGUUAUUUGUUGGCCUGUGUCACGUGACCAGUAAAAGAAUCAGAAUACCUUUAUUGUUAUUGUAUGGAAACAACGAAAUUGGACAGCAAUCCAGCUCAGUGCUUUAAAAACAAACCUACAUAAAAUAG